AUGCCCAAACGAUCGUUCCACGACAUGGAAAACUCAGAGAAAACCCAGAUAAAUUCCCACAGUGAUGCGGUAUUUGACACUCAAGACGACCAUCUCAUUUCCGACUUUAACCGGGGAUCUAUCACCGCCGUCCCUGGUGCGGUCGAUACAGAGCUCUAUGCAUGGGGGUGUCCGAACCAGUCUGAUUGGGUCGUGCUCGAUUGGAAGGAACGAAGGUGGAGGAUUGUUGAGACCGCAAAGAACGACAAUUCACCUGGGGUGCGUCAUGCACAUUCAGCAACAUAUUUUACAAUGCUCGGUGAAGCUUACAUUGCCGUUCUUGGUGGUUCCGAUGGCUCGACAAACGACUCAAACCUUGCUUUUGCAGACGUGUUCAUCUAUGAUAUCAAACAACGACUUUGGCUGUCGGUAGUUCCUGAAGCAGAAUCCCAAAAGGACGUAGAAUAUCUCACACCUAGGCUAUUCCACACUGCUACCUUUGUAGAAAUCGACCAUGACCCAUAUCUGGCCGUUGUUGGAGGCAUUUUCAACGAACGCACGAUGGCCGUCAAUGUGCCCAAUCCUACCGUAAUUAAUCGAAGAACAUCGGUUCUGCCCGAGCUUCGCUUCUUCAACCUUCGGCUACGAAGAUGGUCGAACCCAAUCUAUAUCCCUGGGCGAUACCGUCACGCAGCGGUCCUUAUUCCUUCCACUCGUGAGCCCAAAUUAAUGUUAAUUGGCGGACGCGAUAAGAAGGGAACCCUCUCCAAGGAAACCAUCCUAAUCAACCUACGCCUGGCCUUCCAUACGCUCAAACAUCGCCUGCCCUCCGACAAACUGCCUACGGAAGACCAUGGCGCCGGAAUAUAUUGGUCUCAUCUCGCAGGAGUCGUUCAGCCAUUAGGCCCCUAUGUUGGAUCUUGCCACACUACCACACACGCAAAUUCAGUUAUCAUUUUUGGCCGCGAAGAUCGCUCAAUGGACGACGAACUCCCCAGCUCUCGCCCUCGUAAUCGUCUGCCCCGGGGUCCAUUGCGUUUCCAACCUGAACCGCGACCCAGACCUCCAGAACCAACCCGACGUUCUUCGGAUAUCUCACAACACUCGGACCAAACAGACUAUUCUGGCUGGGCUUUGACGUUUGAUGGAGGCUCGGUCUCAUACCGCGAACUACGAAGAUUACGCAGGAUGUCGCAGAAAGCUGAGCUUGCCGUGAAAUCACUCCCGAUCCCAGCCCUACCUUCCCCAGUGGUACCAACCGACCCUGCUCCUCCUCAAAAUAUGCCGGUUACGUCCAAGCCUGAAUGGCUUUGGUCUGGGGUCGUCAAAUCUGGGUGGGGCACCUCGACGGGGGGACAGGAGGACUUGCUCCUGUUACUGUAUCAAGCCAACAAACACACGUUCUUUAUUCCCGUUCUACUCAGCGCACUGGCUAUCCAAAAGGAUGUUUCGAAUGCCAGAGGAUGUGGUCUAGAUGGGUUGCUUCCCCCUCUUUGGGACGGGUUCACGACCCAAACCACCAUGCCCUUGGAUCCGUCUGAGCCCCCGUUCGGAGACUUUGCGUUACGUAGUUCGACGCCGGAAGCGCCGCCCAUCAUUCUUCACCGUUCGGUUCUAUUAGCCAGGAGUGUCUACUUCAAAAUUCUCUUGACUUCCGGAUUCACCGAAUCUCGAAAGGGAGAAGUCGAGAUGGAAGAAAGUUACCCAGCCUUGUACGCACUUGCUUAUUGGAUUUAUACGUCCGGGCUCCCAGAAUGGCUCGAAUCCUCAUCGAUAUUUCCUCAUGAAGAUGACACCUCGAUCGAAGCGCGCUACGCAUCGCAUGCGGGGGAAACACUGUGCGAAUUACUAAUCGCUGCAAAUGCGCGGAUGGUACCGGCACUCGUGGUCCACGUACGACAGCUGCUCCGAUCGCACAUGCAUGUACCCGAGUUGGCGCCGCUAGUUUGGAGAGCGAUGGAAUUGACGGGGAUGGACCAGUCGGAAGAGGUGAUUCCCUUUUCCAGUUCCGGUUCUCGGGAUGGCCUGGGUAAUAGGGAGUGGAUUCGAGAUGUGGUUGCCCACCAACUGCGUCCAACCGAGUCUCAAAGGGAAUUUAAUUCGGCUGUUGUGCAGUGGUGUUGUGGUUCGGAUCCGGAGGUUAGAGCCGCGAUGGAAAGCGCAAAGGAGUGGUUGGAGCCAGAAAUCUGGAGGAGCUGGGUGAACAAGUGCGGGAAAAGUAAAGACGAUGGGAGGAUUGUCAGCAAGGGAGGAGCUAACACCGACAGCGAAAUAAUCGUCAAAGCUGGGAGCGAUGUACCGAUGGAAGGGAGUUGA